GUUACCCGUGUACCCAAGCUCAGACGUACGGGGGGCAUGUUACCGCUCUACAUGAGCAGAACCCAUGGGCCCCGCGAGGAAGCGACGAGUAGGAGUUAGGGAAGGAGAGCCUAUAUUAGCCUAAGGCUUCGGAUCCUAACCUCAUUUGUAGAGUGUGGAAUUAGAUUGGCGGAAAUCUAAUUAACGGAAAUAAUUUAAAAAUCAGCGUGCCGUAAAAAUUUUCGCGCCAAAAUAAUACUACGCGCGCCACGUACACAACAAACGUUUCGUUCCUCCACUAAUCAAACCGAAAGUGAAAUAAACAACAAUAAGGAGAAAUAAUUGUAGUUCAGGAUAUUAAAUUCCUAUAUGCAUCUCGAUGCAGGAAAUAACAAUAAAAGAACAACAAUUCAACAAAUAUUGCCAAUAUUGUUCCCAAUCCACCUACAGUAAACGCAAUCGAAUACUAUGAUUGUUUUGACAGCUGCCCUUGAACUUGUGUGUGUGUGUGUGUGUGUGUGUGUUUUCUGGUGUUCGCGUCUUUUAGAAAAAAGCGUUUAUCCCCGUUUUUAACGUUAAUUAAACGACUAACUUGGUGCUAGAUCCGUAUCCUUUUCGCUGUAUAAUCACCGAAAAUGCCCACACUUGUAAUAUGUUCUCCGCUGGUGCUGUGAGUGGCGUUCGGGCGAGAAAACCGCUUUCCGCUGGAACAACCUCCUCGACGGCGGCGGCAGCCGUAGCGAUUUUGCCUCCAAACGUAAACAGCAAGCCUCAUGGAAAACUGACCGUUCGGUUUGGCGAAUUUCACGAUUCCUCCGGGAGUGGACUGCGGUGGAACAGUGCCAAGGUGUACGUGAGCGUCGAUCUGCAGCUUUUCUGGUGGGGUCAGCCUACUACAGCAUCCGGCACAACAUCAACAACACUUCACUGGGAACAGGGAAACAACCGACAAAACAGGGCCAGCGAGACCGUGUACGAAGUGCGCACCAAUCCGGAACUAUUCCGGCGUUAUUUGAAGAGCUGUGAACCGGUCCGUGUGCGACUCAUUUCGACCCGCACGCAAACGCUCAUCGGAACGGCUCAGGUGGCGAUUCCGGGCAAAUUUACCAACCUCCGGGAGUCGGGUGACCACCCGGUAACUGCACUAGCCCGUGGAGAAGUACUGUCCGUACGCGGAUUCUGUCUCGGUGAGCUUUGCCUUGAAUUGACACUCCAUUUUGACCGCAAGGGUGCCGACAGUGCUACCACCGUAACUUCCAGAAGUACAGCCGAGGAAGAGAAAGAAAAUACGAAAAUGCUGCUCGUGGAAUCGAACCCAAUCCGUGGCCCAGUGAUGCCGGCACUAGCUGUCGAAGGGAAACCAGCUCCACUGCACGAAUCAUCACAACGAACGCAGGCCACAGCGGAAAGGGUAAACGCCAAGAAGCGAUUCCACACACUCGAUCCAACGGCACGUCAAAAGAUUCUGGACUAUCUGACCGGUAGACCGAUCGACGGAGACGAUGGAUGUAGCUCCGAGUUGUCCGCCUUGAGCGAGAUCUGUUCGAUCUCACCAGCGGAAAGUAUGCUGGAGGCGCUGGCGCGCUACGAUCGAACGGUGGAACCCGACAAACACUCCUAUCUUAGGACCGUCGACUGUGUCCGGGUGCUGGUGGAAAGCCUCAAGUUUACGCGCGCAGGCCAGAAGGAAAUUCAGCACCGUGCCCGGCGUCAAGAGUUGGCCAUGUAUGGUGCUAGCUUUGUGGUUCGCAUGAAACUAACGGAAGCGGGAUCGAAAACGGCAACAGUGCCGCCACCAAUCACGCGACUGAAGUUUUGUUCCACAGCGGCAAGCGAAACGGAAGUCACAUUCGAUGUUCAACCCCAGUUGGCACGGUUAUGUCUUCCGGAACUAAGCAACGGUCGCCAUGGCGAGGCGUGCUUCGAGUUUGCCGUGCACCUAAACGUCGGUAGUUUCUACAAAGCGCGCCUGUUCUACCUUGGCUCCGCUCAGAUCACACUGCAGGAGCUGAUUACCGGACGUCUGGCGUGUUACAAGCGAUGCCCGAUCCGACUGGCUUCCGAUGAUAUUCUGCUCGGUACGCUCACGGUGCGACUGGAGCUCGGCAAACGGGGCCUACACUUCGGUCCAGAUCUGAUCGAUGCUGUGCUGGUUGACGGGGGUAAUGUUACGCUCGAGGAGGAUGAGGGCGAGGAAGAAUCAGAAGCAGGCGAGGAACGAAGCGUUACUCCCGAAGCAGCAAACUCACCUUGUGCAGCACCAGCGUUGUUGCAUUGCGCUCGAAGGCAUCGGUCACCGGUCUGCUUCGAUCGGUGCCAUCAUGAAAAGGCGUCUGCUAUCGAUCAUUUUUCGUGUCGCAUGAUGAUGUGUAAAGCAGCCGUGGCUGCCUGCCCGGGAGAUAAUCAGAGUCCCCCGGAGACCAGGGACGGUUCAGCAGGCGACCAGCACUCCUCAGUGAACGGGGCGAAUCAAGAAAACAGCCAAGCCACAAGAAACGGCGCUGAGCAAGGUAACGCGUCCGAUGGGCAAGGGUCAGGUGAACAACAACAGCAACCGAAACCAAUGGAAACCGAUGGCAGUAGUCCGGGAGGCGAACAACCAAAGCUGCUCCAUGGCUUGCUGUAUCUCGGGCAGCUGAAGGAACGCGCACAACCACCCGAGCAGCACUUUCUUGUCUGUCACCCGUUCUGGAGCGAGGAACCGUCGACGCUUACCUCGGAGCUAUGCCAACCGGAGGGCGAUUUCAACUAUCUCCGUACCUUUCCCGUGCUUCCCAACAACGAGUUUCUGGAGCGUGUCCGCAAUCAACAUAUGCGAGUAGAGCUCUGGCAGAAGGCACCGGGCGAAGGGGAGAAGCUGGUCGGUUUGGCACGACUUCCGCUUCACCAGUUCUACAUCGCGUUCCGGGAUGCGCAGCUGAGUGAACAUCUGGCACACGCCCGGCUGCCGGUCAUUUCGAUCGAUGGUUGGACAAGUAUUAGUUCUCCCCUAGCAGCCGAACCUUGCGGUCAGCUGCAGGCGGUGCUAGCGAUCGGAACCGAAAGCCAGAUCGAUCUGUUCCGUACCUCACGCCAGUUGCCGCUGCAUACUUCCGGCGAUGUUCCACGCACGUACCCGCGAUCCGUGAUCAAUCCAUCGAUUGAUGGCAAUGGUUAUACGACGAGAUCGCUUCAGGGCCACAAGUCGAUCCCCUCCAGCUGCGGUGGAGGCUGUGCCAAGCAACCGCAAACCUCCGAGGUGGCCAACAUGCUCUCGGCGUUCAUCGAAAACCUAGCCCAACGUUUACCGAUUUCAUCCGAGAGAAGUACGGCUCCUAGCUUCGAUAAUAACAACUCGCUUUCAGCCGGAACAGGCGGUCCGGAGCCACCACUCUCGGGGUCACCUCAUUCGCAGGCGAACCGUCCGCAACUGCGUAAGACGGCCGAUCUGCUCGACAAUCUCCAGAAAGCGCUCGCCCAACGGCCAUCAGCGGCAACACUCGACGGGAUGGGUAUGCUGGCCGGACUAGCCGCUGGUCGACCAACAUCGCUCCUUGGUGCGACCACACCAGCCGAUCAGACACCGCCUGCUGCCGGUACAGAUGAGACGCUGGCGGUAAACACCGCUGUUCCUCAACCUCCGUCGCUAUCCACGCACCCACCGUCGACCGUAGUCGAACACCGAACUGGCCAGGUAACCGAUGAACAUUCGGAACCUGCCAGCAGUAGCGAGGUAUCCGCAGGGACGGACACAGAAGAGCACAAGCUUAUACGACUGUCGAUCGAAAUCGAGCGUGCCGUUAACUUGCCGAAACUGACGAUCAGCAAGAAGUACGCCAAACGGCACAAGGCUCGCCCCUCUCACUCGGUCCCGGAAGCACUGCUGCUCGAACCGAGCGCAUAUGCGACGUUCGAGGGCCAUAAUCUGAAGCUCGGAUCGCCCAACACGGUGAAAUCGCACGAAGGUAUCGUCUAUACGACGCACGUGAUCGAGCGCAGCUGUUCCCCCGGUUGGCAGAAACGCUUCGAGGUGCAACUCCCGAGUGAUCUGAUGACGAACGAUGAGAAACGGUUCAUCGUGAAAGUUUGGCGUAAGGCAGCGCUCAGUGAUGCCCCGAAGUGUCGCUUAUUACCGGCACCGAUGGAGGACGCCGUGAUUGGUUUCUGUGCGAUCGAUCUCGCUCUGCUGCUGUCCGGGCUGUCCAGCAUCCUCGGUUGGUACAACAUUAUGGACUUUUCGGGGCGCUGCAAUGGUCAGAUUAAGAUUUGCAUUAAACCGCUGGAGGAUGUGCAACCGUUCAAGGUGACCGGCGAACAGCAGCAGCUCAGCAACUUCCGGUUACCGCUUUCGAUCGACGUCGACUGUGAACCUUCGGCCCUCGGACUGGACGCGUCAUGCAACACAUCCCUUAGCCGCGCAUUGAAGCGUAAGUUCACCGAGCUGGAGGAAAUCACGGAACGUCUGAAAGCUCGUCUGUUUGAUGUGACCGGGGACGACAACGAUGAUGGCGGAGAGGAUGAUGACGGUGCGAUCGAUCCGGAUGAUGAGUUUGAGCGUGAUCUCAACACGGUCGCCACUGAAGAUGAUGACGAGGAGGAGGAUGAUGAUGAAUCGGUUGAUGGUUGUGGUGGUGGUGGUGCUGGUGGCCGACUACCAUGGUCGGUGGGUACUGGGGAUGGUGAUCAGCUGGGCGAUACCUCGAACCGGAAGCGCAACAGCCAAUACCCGAACGGUGCGAUGACACGUACGACCAACACUUCUUCCUACUCGAUGUGUGCUACGGAUCGGAGCAGCUUGACCGGUUGCUCGAACCGGGACUCACCGCGGCAGGCUACAUCCAGCAGUAUCGGCAAACGUGCCGCUACCGCCACAUCACAGAUGCAGCUAGAGCAACUGCUACAAUCGCACGACAUCGAGACGCUGAUCAAUCCAGCCAUACUUAAAAAUCUGCUACAACCCUCGAUCGACUCCGAGUCGACUCCGGAGCUUGGCGUUGGUGAGGAAGAGGACGCCGGUACCGGUCCCGGGACCGAUGCAGACAUGCAGAGUGACGAUUCGUCGUCCGUUCGAUCGCCGCUCGGCACCGUUCGUAACGAUUCAAGCGCACCAACGGUGGGAACCGAUCGUGUGAAACAAAUAGCAAAGGCUCUUCAACGGACUACUAUUACCGAUGCAUCACGUUCCAGCGGUGACGACGGGAACGUUACAAUGCAGGAAACAUCCGGCGAUGAUGCUAGACGGGUCGAUGAUCGUACCAGUGCAGCUGCUGCCACUGCCACCAGGCGUCGUGAAGCACCCGAAGGAGAACCGAUGAAGGACGUUAGUAAAUGAGCGAUCGAUAUGCUCUGCCAGACACAACAACUGGUAGCUAUUUAUGCUUUUUACGUCAAUAGGAACGAACACACACACAAUUUUAUCCAACACUUGAUUAAGCUUCCGCUCUCGAAUGCUUUAGGUUAGUAGCGGGGGAUGUGGGGGGAAGGGGAUUACGCCCCAAGCAAGUUCUCGAUUCUUUACGUACGUAUGAUAACACUGACUAUGCUACAUCAUUGUGUCCCAUGUUCUCGCGAGUAAUAAAUCUCUCAAUAUCUCGUCAAGCUAUGUGACAUGUGGU